AUAGGAUAUCAAAGUAUUUAAGAACAUGAGUUUCAAGAAAAACAUCGAGGUUAAAAAGUUGAAGACCGUAUGUCUAUUCGGGAAAUUUCCUAUGUUUCAAGGAAUUCUUUUGAUGCAAUGAAAUCAACGGGAUCUACGGAUUUAGAGAAUCCAUCUCAGCCCGCUCCCACGUCGUGCACCUGUAGAUGUAACCCCAGAAAUACCGUCACCCGCAGGAUUUCCUAUUGUUCCAGGAGAUGGGCCACCAUUAUAAUAUCUACCUUAGUGCUCGUAACGUUUGUGAUCGUGGCAAUCGUUAUGUUCGCUGUCCUAAACGAAACACAAGGAAAAUCCAAUUCCCCAGAGCGUCGACCGCCCAUAUUCUUCAGGACAACGCCAUCGGCAAGGUUACCACCAAAUAUCACAGAUGGAAUCAGCAGUGGUGAGCUUUCGAGUACUGUGUCAAGUUUGUGAUUUUUAACAUGUUCUGCAGUCGUUCUCUGUAAUCUUACGAGUAGAGGAGCGGAUCUCAAAGACACAGUUUCUACAUGUAACAUGUCCAAACGGUCUAGAUCUGCUGGUAAUAUUCGUGCAUCGCAUCAGACUGACUAUUUCUAGUGCUAAAGUCGGUUCACUGAACUUGUUUUCAAACUGAACAUCUUUGGCAUUUUCGUAACACCAAAUUGUUCCGAGUGUAUGAAAACGCAUGGGCUUGUCCGUACUUGUCCAAAACGCAUAUCUUAUUCAAUAAUAUAAUGAAUUUUCUUUAUUGUAUGCUUCAUCUUCAUUUCUGGUAUUUGUUAUGAUACACUGUAUACAGAUACUAG